AGACAGAAGACGCAAGGACAGACAACCAAAGGCACAACGAGGACACGAACAGCAAGGAAAACGGAGAAACAAGAAUCACAAACAAAAAUGAGAGUGUUCUGUUGCGUUAACCAGUAUGUUAUUAUCUGCUAUUGGAUAAUAGAAGGUUGGUGUCUUUUGGUCGUUUUGUUAUUGAUGGUAGUGAAGCAACCCUUUUGUUUGUUGGAACGCAUUGUAGAGGACAAAGUCGAUGGCGUCGAAGAUGAUAUUACCUACAGUUUACUGAAGUUGGUGAAAAUGGAUCGUAUUACGAUGCUUCUACUUGGAUUCCGUACAUCUUGUUUCUCUCCUGGUGUUGACGAACACGUAUUCAAUGUAUUCUGCAUCAAGGCGCUUCCAACAAUGUAUAUAGUAUCAGGCAACGAUAAUGAGCUUUUUUACAAUGAUACUGGCAUUCACCAGUGGACCAUGCUGUUUAGCUGA